AUGCACGAAUACGCCAUCAUUAUCUCCCCUUGGUUAGCUUUAACCAUUGUAUACGUACAUCAUGGGAAAAAAUCUAUCUAUCUAUCUAUCUUGAUAUCUAUCUAUCUUAGUUUAUUCAUAUCUAUGUAUACAUCUAUUCAUAUCUAUCUUAAUCUCUUCAUAUCUAUCUAUCUAUAUAUGUUUUUCUUCUAUCUAUCUAUCUAUCUAUCUAUCUAUCUAUCUAUCUAUCUAUCUGGCCCCAUUAAGAAUUGUGCUUUUCCUAGUUUUCUCAUAUCUAUCUAUCUAUCUAUCUAUCUAUCUAUCUAUCUAUCUAUCUAUCUUAGUCUAUCUAUCUAUUAUCAUAUCUAUCUAUCUAUCUAUCUAUCUAUCUAUCUAUUAAUAAUAACAGACGCGACGAUAUCUAUCUAUCUAUCUAUCUAUCUAUCUAUCUAUCUGUAUCUGUUUUCUCAUAUCUAUCUAACUAUUUAUCUAUCUAUCCCUCUGUAUCAAGUUUCUCAUAUCUAUCUAUCUAUCUAUCUAUCUAUCUAUCUAUCUAUCUAUCUAUCUAUCUAUUCAUCUAUCUAUUCCUCUGUAUCUGUUUUCUCAUAUCUAUCUAACUAUUUAUCUAUCUAUCCCUCUAUAUCAAGUUUCUCAUAUCUAUCUAUCUAUCUAUCUAUCUAUCUAUCUAUCUAUCUAUCUUGUUCAACAAUAACGGGUAUAUCUAUCUAUCUAUCUAUCUAUCUAUCUAUCUAUCUAUCUAUCUAUCUAUGCGCCUUACCUUCUCUUUCGGGAAGAUGCAGUAAUACAGCUUUUGCUUUGUUUUCUUUGCCGUCGCUUCGUAUUGGCUGUGAGUUAUUCCGUCCUUCUAUCGAGCAGCCUAAACCAUCGUCUGUUCAUUUUUGUUGCUUAGUUAAUUUAUUCAUCUACAAUGCUUUUAUUCUUUCUUCCCGCCAACAUUUUCUUUCUUUCUUUCUUUCUUUCUUUCUUUCUUUCUUUCUUUCUUUCUUUCUUUCUUUCUUAAAUAAAUUUAUAGUCUUCUUCCAUUUUUUUCUUCUUCUCUCUAGUCCUUUCAUUUAUUUUCAUUCUUUCUUUCCGUUAUGCCUUCUUUCUUUUUUCUUUCUUUCUUUCUUUCUUUCUUUCUUUUCGUCCUUCUUAUUUUCUUUCUUUCGUUCUUUCUUUCUUCAGUGUUCCUCGCAUAUUUAUCAUUUAUAUUGUUAUUUUUGA